UCAUCAGUUGACCUACAAUGUUCUAUUUCAUCCUCUAUCUCCCUCUCGCAGACUAUCCUUCUCGGCGCUUGGGUUUCUGGUUCCUUGGAUCCAUACCAAAAGAAAUUACAAGAAAUCAUUCUUGAUACCAUGGGUGAAACGAAAGUCUCUUAUGGACUGAAGAACAGACUGACUGCCAAAAAGCUUACCGAGGACGAAAAUUUGAGCAAGAUCCAAGAUCAACUGGGGAAUCAACUUGGAGGCAUCCUUGGAAAGGGUGGUCUUGGAGAGGGUCUAGGAUCAGUGUUGAGCAAGGGAUUAUAA